AUGGAUGUGGGUGAUGACACUGACGUUCCGGUAAAGUUGCAGUCUUUCGAAAGGGUCGUCGACGACCGCGUCGAAGAGUGCUCUUGUACUACUAGCCAGAAUGUGGUCACCUUAUCGUACCUGUGGACGAUCUCAAAUUUCAGUUUGUGCCAGCAGCGUACCGGUCAAGCCUUGGUCAGUUCAGCCUUUUCCGGUGGCAAUAACAAGCCUGUGACGUGGCGCCUCAAGCUGUUCCCGAGAGGAUCGGACGAAGAUUACGAGCACUUCGUGUCCAUCUUUCUCGUCUCUUGCAACACCAGGCGCGUCUCCGCAAAAGCGAGGUUCUCGAUCAUCGACGCCAAUGGAGAGGAGGCCGUCCGAAAGCGCACGGAGACGCUCAUCUUUCUGAGCAAGGGCGACAGCUGGGGAUUGGGGAAAUUCGUCGGCAGGCGAGUACUGAAGCAGAAUAGCAGCAACCUCUUGCCCAAUGACACGCUGACCUUGAAGUGCGAAGUGGUAGCCUUGGAGAGUAGUACCACGAGUGCGCCCAGAAGGAGCAGCCAAAUGGCGUCCCCAGCUCAACAGGAAUGCCGGCUCUCCGACGACCUGGCAUGGCUCCUGGAAAGCGGCAGCAACGCCGACGUUACGCUGAUGGUGGGAAGCAAGACGUUCCAUGCUCACAAGAACAUACUGGCUGCCAUGUCGCCGGUAUUUCGGGACAUGUUCGAGCACAUGACGACGGAGGAUGACAACGUCGUCAUAGAUGACGUCGAGCCUGACGUGUUCGCCAAUCUCUUGCAGUUCGUGUACACGGAAGGCGUACCGGAACCGAUGGAAAAGCCAGACUGUCUUCUAAGGGCCGCCGACAGGUAUAAACUGGAUCGGCUCAAGGCGACGUGCGAGCUCACUCUAAUUUCUCGCUUGAGCGCCGAGACGGCCGCUGACACGCUCAUCCUGUCCCACCAGCACGACGCCGACACGCUGCGCUGUCGCGCCCUAGACUUCGUGUGCUCGCACAUGGACGAAGUAGUCGAGACGCCAGGCUGGGCGACCAUCUGCAAGAGCCACAUCGAGCUGCUGGAACAGCUUUUGAUGACACUCAUCAACGAGCGCGGUGAGCCGUCGUUGAAGAGGAGCAGGAGUUCGUAA